AUGUCCGCCGCCCCCCGCGAGCGCCCCGAUGCGGAGCGCCGCGCCCCCGCCAUGGCCUCGCUCUUCGGGAUCUGGUGGUGGUCUCUUCCCCUCGUGUUGCUGUGGGCGACCCCGCGAGUCGCCUCCUCGUGGUGGUACAUGGGAGCCGUGGGCUCGUCGCGGGUGAUGUGCGACAACGUGCCGGGGCUGGUGAGUCGGCAGCGGCAGCUGUGCCGGCGGCACCCCGAGGCCAUGCUGUCCAUCGGGCGCGGAGUGGCCGCCUGGACGGCCGAGUGCCAGCACCAGUUCCGGCGGCACCGCUGGGAUUGCAGCGCCCUGGAGCGGGGGCAGCGCCUGCUCGGCCGCGUCCUGCAGCGCAGCAGCCGGGAGUCUGCCUUUGUCCACGCCAUCUCCUCCGCUGGCGUUGUGUUUGCCAUCACGAGGGCGUGCAGCCAGGGAGAGCUGAAGUCCUGCUCCUGUGACCCCGAGAAGAAGGGCUCUGCCAAGGACAGCAGGGGCCGCUUUGACUGGGGUGGCUGCAGCGACAACAUCGACUAUGGCGUUAAGUUCGCCAGGGCCUUCGUGGAUGCCAAAGAAAGGAAAGGGAAGGACGCCAGGGCGCUGAUGAACCUCCACAACAACCGCGCAGGAAGGAAGGCUGUGAAGCGUUUUUUGAAACAGGAGUGCAAAUGUCACGGUGUGAGUGGAUCAUGCACUCUAAGGACCUGUUGGCUGGCCAUGGCAGACUUUAGGAAAACAGGAGAUUAUCUGUGGAAGAAAUACAAUGGAGCGAUUCAGGUGGUCAUGAAUCAAGAUGGCACGGGUUUCACUGUGGCUAAUAAGAGAUUUAAGAAGCCAACUAAGAAUGACCUGGUAUACUUUGAAAGCUCUCCAGACUACUGUAUCAGGGACAGGGAUGUAGGCUCUCCGGGGACGGCUGGCCGGGUGUGCAACCAGACCUCCCGCGGCAUGGACAGCUGUGAGGUGAUGUGCUGCGGCCGUGGCUACGACACGUUGCGUGUCAGCAGGAUGACCAAAUGCGAGUGCAAAUUCCACUGGUGCUGCGCGGUGCGCUGCCAGGACUGCCUGGAGGAGGUGGACAUCCACACGUGCAAGGCGCCCAAGGCUGCGGGCUGGGCCUCCCGGACAUGAUGUGUGGUGCUGGUCUGCGCAGGGAAUGCUUCUGAGGCCUUUGCUACAUUUAUGCCAGUUUUGUCUUUCAUUACACAGAAGUUGCCCAAUAAUCAUGCCAGAUUUGCAGCAUUCACUACACGUUUCAGCAGGACCGUGCUGUUGCACAGUUUGUGUGGACCAACGCCAUGCUGGAAGAAGCUGCCACCGCUGGGCCUCCCAUCCGACACAGACCCCCAUCUCCUCACUGUAAGCCCUUGCUGACAGCAUAAGCAUUGUGAGGCCCCAGGAUGAGCCCUAUCCCACCAGGCCUCCCGCUGCCAGGGCUGUGGCUUCCUCCAGAGGACCUGCUGCUCUGGACACUCAGCCUGUGAGGCUGCAGGGCUGGGCACUGGUCAGGGACCCCUCCAUGGAAAGCUCUGAGGCCAGGAUGAUUCCACGGCUCUGCUGGAGUUGAAUUUGUCCAUCUACCCAACACGGAGCUGUGUGUGCACUGGGGGGCCCUCAAGGGCAUGAGCUGUGCUGGGCAGAGACUGGCAAAAAGGAGAGAACAGGAAAUGCAUUCAACUGCAACAGUCUCAUCUGCUAUAAAAGAGUGAAAGCAAAUGCCUUAGGUAUAUAUUUGUGACAGUUUGCCUUGAGAGCUUGUUAAAGGUCAUUGAUAUUAACCACUGAUCUGAAGGAUCAAAGAAAAGAGAUUUGUUUCUGAGCCCAGUGACGUCUGGAAACAGGAUGCUCAAUUACAUAGGGUAGGGUUUCCUAUUUGUCAUUUACAUAAUAAACAGGAGUACAUGCAGAAAGCUGGUGGAGAAGGCAAUGCCUUAUCUUAAUAAUUGGGUUUGGUUCUAUAGAGUCAAUCAGCUCUCAUGUUGUUUUAAAUUUAAUAAACCUAUUCAGUGUGCUUAAACUGAUACUUACAGUUCAGGUGCAGUGAGGCUUGCUUGCUCCAAAUCCACACCACACAAACCCACAGCUGAUGAGGAGCACGCUGGCCUUUGAUGGUGGCAGUGGCAGACUGCCUAGGCCCAUGUCCUGCCUGGCUCAGCACACAAAGCCAAGCACCAGCAGUGGCUGCAGGUGACAAGGCCUUGGGGCUGUGGUCUCGCUGGAGAGGUGCUGGGGGCUGUUGUGGAUGGAGAUUGUGACUCUGGGUACAAACCGAGUGCUGCUGAGAACAGCCCUGCCAGCGUGCCAUCCACAGUGCGAGUGUUACACGCAUACAUGUGUGCAACGGGAUAUAUAUGUACCCCAGUGUACACUCUGAGGUCACCUCAUUACUGGAAACUCUGGCUCUAGGUUGGACAAGCAAAAUUUCACACCUGAUUUUAUUUAGAGGUCAGCCCUAAGGAGAACUUUUAUUCAAAUUUCACUGUGAAAUUGAAUCUGCAUGGAGUUCGUAGUCCAAGCAAAGCCUUACACUUAAAGAACCUAGAAGCAGUACAGUAUUAUUUGUGUGUGUGCCAGGUGUUUGGAAAGAUUCAGGGAUCUUCUGAGUGAUGUACAAAUUCAGCAGGUAAUAAUGCUGAAAGUAUUUUGAUAUUCUGGAAAAAAGGGAGCCUCAGUUCUGCGAAGGAACUUGUCCUGGGAAGUCAAAUAAAAGAGGAUGAAAUCAGCCUCACCUGCUUCUUAACAUCCUUUGGUUCACAGGAUCGUUAAGGUUGGAAAGGACCUCUAAGAUCAUCUGAUCCAACCAUCCACCUACCAACAACAGCAGGAGAAUGCACUUGAGUUCUGCAGCCUCAUGUAAAGUGUUUCAGGGUCACUGUAUUAAAGGAGCCAAAAAUUUUAUUCUGGCAGAAGAAAUACUGGGAAGCCUGGAGCAAGGCUGACUUACUGGGAAAUGUGGC